AAUGAACCAGUUCAGAAAUACGUUCAAGAAGUGAUCACUCGAGACAAAGCAGCUCAAAGUCUGCGACCCUCUUUAGGAAGCACUCAGCGAAUCAUUCAGGAACUCCGUUCUUCCAAGCAAGUGAAAAGGAAGGAAAACCGUUAUCGUGUAAUAGCCAGCCAUCGACCUAACUGUACUGAAACAGUUGUGCCUGCCAUAAAUGGUGGGGCAUCGAUUGAUGGUGACAGAUCAGAAUCUGAAGCAACAGAAGAUGCUUCACAAAAGGAGACCAGUGCUGUUGAUAAGAGUUCAGACUGCUGUGGGAAAUUCCAGUUGUUUGAUAUUGUUCAAGAAGAGGAGGUGGUGGGAGACUCCAGUGUAACUGCUGCAAACCCACAGCAGAAGACUGAUCCAGAUGUGAUUCUUUGCAAUGCAGUAGAGAUGAUCCGUGAGCGUUUAAAUGUUUCUGAAGAUGGUAAAAAAGAACACCAUGAGAAAGAAGAUGAGUAUGUUUAUGACAUCUACUGUAUGGAAACAUCAGCCCUUGGUUGGAUCCAAAAUAUCCUUUCUGUACAGCCCUACAGAGAAGAAUAUGAACUGGUAGAUGAUGAUAAUGUUCCAGGGGAAACAUAUGAAGAUGAAGAUGAUGAAAAUGAUGAAAAUAACUGGCGUAAUGAUUAUCCUGAUGAAGAUGAAUUCUUGCCUGAGGAAGAUGGUGAUGGAGAAAAAGAGUCUGAAGAGAGCUUCAGUGAUGAGGACCAGUGUUACAGGAGAAGAACAUGGAACAAAUACCGACAGGAGGUUCUACAAGAAUUUGGAUAUGAUGAAAUCCAGGAUUUGGAUUCUGACUAA